AUGAAGAUCCCUCCAAAGAGCGGUCCCCAACUCCGACUCCCUGUCGGCGCGAAUCCAGCGAGUUUAGUGACCAAAUCGACCCCAGCGAGUCCAUCUGCCGCUACCUUUGCCCCACCAAUCCCCACGAUGCCUCCGCCAGACCUGCUGCUCACGGGCGGGCCUCGACACACCCUUUCAAGGCGGUCCGGUCGGUCGGCCCUCAACUCGCCACUCAAGUCACCCUCUUUGUCCGAAUCAAGGCGUAUGCAUAUGAUAAGUGUCGCGCAUUGUGCAGGUCGUCUCGCCAACGGUGUUGGCCGUGCUAAUCCCAAGAGAAGCAAUCAGCAAAUGGGUCGCUUGUGA